AUGAAAUUUUAUUAUUUCUCAUAUAUUAAAAUUAAUCAAAAGACUUUAAUUUUAUAUUCAAUUGUUGGUUCAAUUGAUAUUGAAGGCUCAUUCAUCACAAAUAAUGUUUCAUUAGUAUCAGUUAGUAUAAAUGAUAUUUUAUGUUCAGUUUCUUCAAUCGCAGAUUCAAAAUUCACAAUUACAUAUCCACCAAAUAAAAUUGGUAAUGAUUAUAUCUUAACAUUAAAUAUUGGUGGAUCCACUACCACUUCAAAAGUCUCAUAUAUUCAAUAUGUUUCACCUUCUCCAAGUUCCUCACCAAGUUCCUCACCAAGUUCUUCGCCAAGUGAAUCACCAAGUUCCUCACCAAGUGCAUCACCAAGUGCAUCACCACUCUCAUCUCCAACUGAAUCUCCAAAUAAUGACCUAUCAAUAUCAUCAACUUUAUCAGCUCCAUGUGAGUGUGUGAGUGACAGUAUGUGUCCGUUGGCUUUUAAGCUGAGUGAUUAUCAAAAUUUAAAUUAUGAUAUAAUAUUAGAUUUUGGUUAUGUUGUUAUUAAUUAUUCUUUUUUGUUGGCUUGA